AUGCCAAAAUCAAAUAAAGAGGAAGCCAAAGGUCACAGUCGACUGGGAAGCAAAGGCAUUGAUAUAGACUCCAGUAGUUAUGCUAAUACCACUGAGCUAUUAAGUAUGAAGCAAGGUCAUGAAGGGUUCAUGACUGAGAUGAGUGAUCUUGGCGGCGAUGGGACUGUAAUCAACCUCAACCCUGCUGAAAAUGAUGAGCUGUUUAAUGGUGAGGAUUUCAAAGAUGAGAUUAUCUCUGCAUUCCAAGUUUUUGAUAAAGAAAAGAAAGGUUUAAUUUCAAAACAAAAACUAAAAAUAAUAAUAACUCAGCUUGGUAAAACUAUGAAGCCAGAGGAUGCUGAGUUCCUUGUAAACAGCCUGCAAGACGAAAUAGUAAUUAAGAAUGGGAUCCAAUUUAUCAACUACUACAACUUAUUUUGCCCUGAGAACAAUCCUAGGAAGUCUUUCUUUCCGUCAUAAUUCUUUUCAAUCUUCAGAAAU